AUUCAUCUUUUCUCUAUCAUUCUCUGUUCUAAACCCGCAUAACAGAGCUACAGAAGGUUUUCAUUUCAGGCUAUGGGGGAUUUUGAGAAGCAGGAGAGGGUCAUGGAAGAAGAAGAGAGAGAGAGUUUGCUCGAGGGUGUGGCGGUUUUGGACUUUGACGUGCUCUGUUCCACUGUUGCUUUGCAAGCUCAGCAUGGAAAAUGGGGGAGGCUUGGUGUUGCUGAUGAUGAUCAAGAAGAAGAGAGUGGUGAAUUUGGUGUUGUCCUAAGGAUGUGGGAGGGUGAGAUUCUUGAGUGUUUCGAUGAUCAUCGCAUCGCCCUUGAAUCCACAUGCUGUCCUUGCUACCGAUUUGGGAAGAACAUGAAGAGAGCUGGUUUUGGUUCUUGCUACAUUCAGGCAGCGAUCUAUUUUGUUCUUGCCAUGGGUGCCUUUCUUAACUGCAUUGCCUUUAUUGUCACGAGACGUCACUGCAAUCUAUACCUGGCAGUUGCCGUUGUUGUUUCCUUUGUAGCAUAUUUAGGGUUCUUCCGCACAAGACUAAGAAAGAAGUUCAACAUCAACGGUAGUGACAGUUCCUUAGACGAUUGCGUUUACCAUUUCGCCUGUCCUUGCUGUACAUUAUGUCAGGAAUCUAGAACGUUGGAGAUGAACAAUGUUGAAGAUGGCAUUUGGCAUGGUCGGGGUGACAAAAUAUGCAUAGGAGGCUAUGGCCAAAAGAGCAAAGGAUUCUUUCAGUUAAAUCCUCCUUCGAUUAUGAAUAUUGAUGAAAGUUCAUUGGAAACAAAAGCAGACACAAAUGUCAGCAAUCCAUCUUAAUUGAAGGUGCUGAGGAAGAUUUGAAACAAUGAUGCUUCAUCUAAAGGCAUUUAACAUGCACCUUGGCCACACAUUUAAAAAUCCCAUUGAAAAUUUCUUGCAGCGAGCAGUCCUCCAUACAUGGAAAGUUCAUGUUAAGGACUAUAUUGUUAUGGAUGAGAGGAGUGAAAGACAAGUAUUGUUGAUGGGAUGACUUUCCAUUUUCGCAAAGAAAGAUGGUUUGUUUCAGAUUCCCUCUGGGAAGGAGAUUUUGAGAACCUGUAAUAGAGUCUGAUGAUGGUAGAAAAAUGCUGCCAUCUUAUUGUUCAUAAUGUAAUGUUUCAUGAGAUUAAGUGUUGAUAAUUCAUACCCAGCAA